AUGUUAAUUGCUCCAGGUUUAGGAAAAUAUUGUUUUCUGCCGGCAGUUGCAUACGGCACGAUAAUUAACAUAACUGGCUUCGAGGUACAAAGCCAGCUAUAUUUCAAUUGUCAUCUAGGCUAUCGAGCCCCAGAUGGAUAUCUUUCUGUCUGCACUAACGAUGGACAAUGGAUUCCGAGACCGCACUGCCAGUUCGAGCAGAAUAUUCAUGCGAUCCUGGUUUACAAUUACACGGUAGUUCACCACCUUUUCGAACGUGCACCGAGGAUGGUACCUGGACCAAUUCGAAUUUCUCUUGUCAAGGCAACACCACGAUGUUAUGCCAAAUCAUUUCCUUAUGGGCAUUUUCUGCAGCAGUCUUAUGCGGAUGGUACUGUGGGCACUUUCGUAUGCAACGAUGGUUUUAAAGCAGCGGAGGUCCAUCCCGUUUGCACAUCUGGCUCCUGGAACACUGCUCCGUACUGCAAUGCAAUUGAUUACUGCGCCAGUAAUCCAUGUGAAAACGGGACGUGCGUAGAAUUAACUGGUGGGUACACGUGCAAUUGCUUUGCUGGUUUUCGACUCACUGCUUCAUCCGAAGGCUUCACUUGUACAGGUAUUUUUUUUUUUUUCAUCUUGUUUUACAUCCUGUAG